GUCGCGGGCGCCGCGCGUCAGUUGUUUCGAACCGCGCGGGCGCGACGAUCGAAAUAUUCGAAAUUCGAAUUCGCGCUGGCCGAAAAUAACGGUGAGAAGUGUUGUGAAUUGUGAAGUGACAUUUUAAAAAGAUAUCUUAAACCAUGGAGCCACUACUGGUUGACGUGGUGCAUUUCUACCCCCGAGAGAACGCUCAGCCACACAACACUGUCAAGUAUGAAGUGGUGAACGAGGAGGACCCAACAGUCGCCAUCGUGCGUCGAGGCCAGCCUUUCAACGGUGUGGUUCGCUUCACCAGACCAUACAAUGAGGAGUCAGACCUCGUGCAGUUGGUCUUCACAUUGGGCGACAAACCCGCGAUGGAGACCAUGGGUUCCAUGUUUCUGAAACGCGACGCCGUCGCCGACAAGCACGCGUGGAGCGCGAAACUCACUGACGUCCAGAACGACACACUGUCCUUCGAGAUAUCAACUCCCGUGGACGCACCAGUGGGAUGUUGGGCGCUGCGUGUGGUGACACGGAUCAAGAACUCGCCCGCGAGAGAGAUUUAUGACUACGAUCAAGACUUGUAUAUCCUCUUCAACCCAUGGAACCCUGAUGACCAAACCUACAUGGAGGACUGUGCCCUGCUCCAAGAGUACGUCCUCACCGACGUUGGCAAAGUGUGGGUGGGCCCCAUCAAGACUACUCGCGGCAAGCCGUGGGUCUACGGACAGUUCGACAUUGACGUGUUACCAGCGGUUAUGUUCAUGCUUGACCGGGCCAAUAUGCCUUUCAACCAACGCGGAGACCCAGUCCGCCUCUGCCGCAUGAUCAAAAUGGUGAACUCCAACGACGAAGAUGGCGGCGUGCUGAUCGGCAGCUGGACUGGUCAUUACGAAGAUGGAACCGCUCCUUCUGACUGGACGGGUUCCGUUGAAAUCCUGCAGCAAUAUCUGCAAACUCAACAGGAGGUGCCGUAUGGGCAAUGCUGGGUGUUUGCUGGCGUUGUUACCACGGUGUGUCGUGCCCUCGGCAUUCCCUCUCGCGUUGUCUCCAACCUGGUGUCAGCUCACGACGCGAACAGCUCCCUGACUGUCGACAAAUACUACACGGAGACCAUGGAUGACCUGGGAUAUGAUCCCAACAACCCUGCAGGAGCUGAUUCCAUCUGGAAUUACCAUGUUUGGAACGACGUGUGGAUGGCGAGGCCUGAUCUGCCACCAGGUUACGGCGGCUGGCAGGCUAUCGACGCCACACCCCAGGAGUUAUCCGGAGGGCAGUAUCAGUGCGGGCCAGCGCCGUUAGAAGCCAUCAAGCAGGGCGUGCUAGGCUUGAGCUAUGACGUGGACUUUAUGCUGUCCUCAGUCAACGCUGACCUGAUGCGCUGGCGCAAGGAUCCUGAUGCAGAGAUGGGAUACUCUAUGGUUGACACCAAUAACUACCACAUUGGUCGUAAUCUGACCAAGAAACCAUUCGUCUUCGACCCCCUUGGCGACGAGGAUCGUGAAGACAUCACGGAUCAGUACAAACAUCGAGAGGGUACAGCGUCAGAGCGUCUGGCUCUUAUGAAUGGAGUACGCCGCUCUGAGAGGGCCAAGAGAUAUUACGAAAUAGCAAGCAACCUCUCAAGCGACGUGUCAUUCAAACUUCGCGACAUUGACACGGUCGCCAUUGGCAACGACUUCAGGAUCGUCGUGGAUAUCGACAACAAUUCGGAUGAGCCACGCAACAUCAAGGCCGUGCUGACAGCGACCAGCGUGUUCUACAACGGAGUGCGAGCGGACCUGGUCAAGAAAGUGGAAGGAAAAAUCUUUGUGGGACCUAAGAAACACGAAGAGAUCAGCAUCCACGUGACAGCAGACGACUACCUGCCCAAGCUGGUGGAGUAUUGUAACAUGAAGAUCUCCGCCAUGGUCAUCGUGGACGAGACCAAGCAGUCGUGGGCCGAUGAUGACGACUUCCAAGUCCUCAAGCCUACGAUUAGCAUCAAGUUCAACGAUGACCUCGUAAUCAACCAGGCGUCAGAAGCGUCUCUCUCCUUCGUGAACCCGCUGGACCGGGUGUUGACCGGUUGCGAGUUCCGCGUGACGUCACCAGGUCUCGCCGGUCGGACUGUCAAGGUCGCUGCUCCGGAUACACCGCCGAAAGGAAGGGUUGUAGCCAGUCUGCCUGUGCUACCUAAUAAACUGGGUAAAAUCAACAUAGUGGCAACAUUCAAGUCGGCUGAGCUGAGAGACAUCACGGGCGCUGCCAGCGUCGACGUGUUCGAGGGCUGAACUAAAAUCAACUCUGUACAAUAGCAAUAAGAUACAAUUUCAAAUGACGCAUAAAAGUCGCAGCGUUGUUAAAGAGCUGCGCUAAAAUCAUUUCUGUGACGGUGGCAAUAAGACACAAUUUCAAGAGGUAGUAGCGUUGUUGUAAAAGGGCUGAGCUAAAAUCAACCGUAUCGUGUUAGCAGUACGAGACAUUUUCAAUUCAAGCCAGGCAUGCGGGUCUUAUGGGGUUCACAUUCACAUGCAACUAUGGUGAUAGAGACAUAGAGACACAGAACCAGAUUAAAAAAAAAACAUAAAAGGGCUUACUUUUGGCCACAGACUAGCCAAAGACAAAGACGGAGGCCUACGAUGGAGUGCGCUCGCCCUUACGUACAGAAACUGAUUAAAACAUUACUUGAAUAAAAAUAAAAUGCAUUUUACCUACACUGAUUUAAACUUUCACGAUUAUUACAGAUCAUUAUUUUUAGAUCGGGACUUAAUCGCGUAUGACUACAUAUUAAACUGACCAACGUUUCAGGGACGGCGUUGUCCCCGUGGUCUCGGAGAAGACUGGCUUGAUCAGUUUAAUAUGUAGUGAUACGCGAUUAAGUCCCGAAUUAAAAAUAAUUAUAUAAAAUGCAUUUUAACUGAUAAUAAUGACAAGUUUAAACCUGCAUGAUAAAAUA